GCGGAGAGCUUCAGGAAUAUCAAGAGUCUGCCCAGGAAGACUUCAGCGCUGCGUCCCGCCAGCUCCGCCGCCACCGUCACCGCCACCGCUGCCGCCGCCACCUCCGCGAUGCUAGUCCGAGCUGUGCUGCUCUGCGUCGCCCUGGCGCUCUGCCGUGCAGCAAAUCCUUGCUGUUCCAACCCAUGUCAAAACCGCGGCGAAUGUAUGAGCGUAGGAUUUGACCAGUAUAAAUGUGAUUGUACCCGGACAGGAUUCUACGGUGAAAACUGUACCAUACCUGAGUUUCUGACAAGGAUCAAAUUGCUGCUGAAACCCACCCCAAACACAGUACACUACAUCCUGACCCACUUCAAGGGAGUCUGGAACAUUGUGAAUAACAUUCCCUUCCUGCGAAAUUCAAUCAUGAGAUAUGUGUUGACAUCCAGAUCACAUUUGAUUGACAGUCCACCAACUUACAAUGUGCACUAUGGUUACAAGAACUGGGAAGCCUUCUCCAACCUCUCCUACUAUACCAGGGUCCUUCCUCCAGUAGCCAAUGACUGCCCAACUCCCAUGGGUGUGAAAGGAAAUAAGGAGCUUCCUGACUCAAAAGAAGUUGUAGAAAAAGUUCUUCUAAGGAGAAAGUUCAUCCCUGAUCCCCAAGGCACAAACAUGAUGUUUGCAUUCUUUGCCCAGCAUUUCACCCAUCAGUUUUUCAAGACAGAUCAGAAGCGAGGACCUGGGUUCACCAGAGGACUGGGCCAUGGAGUGGACUUAAAUCACAUUUACGGUGAAACUCUAGACAGACAACAUAAACUGCGUCUUUUCAAGGAUGGAAAACUGAAAUAUCAGCUCAUCGAUGGAGAGGUGUACCCUCCCACAGUGAGAGACACCCAGGCCGAGAUGAUCUACCCGCCCCACAUCCCCGAGCACCUGCGGUUCGCUGUGGGCCAGGAAGUCUUCGGCCUGGUGCCGGGUCUGAUGAUGUAUGCUACUAUCUGGCUGCGGGAGCACAACCGAGUGUGCGACGUGCUCAAGCAGGAGCACCCCGAGUGGGAGGACGAGCGGUUGUUCCAGACCAGCAGGCUCAUUCUGAUAGGAGAGACCAUCAAGAUUGUGAUUGAAGACUACGUGCAGCACCUGAGCGGGUACCACUUCAAACUCAAGUUUGACCCGGAGCUGCUUUUCAGCCAGCAGUUCCAGUAUCAGAACCGCAUCGCCGCCGAAUUCAACACGCUCUAUCACUGGCACCCUCUGCUGCCCGACACCUUUCACAUCCAGGAGGAGGAGUACAGCUUCAAACAGUUCCUCUACAACAACUCCAUCCUCCUGGAGCAUGGGCUCGCGCGGUUCGUCGAGUCGUUCACCAGACAGAUUGCUGGUCGGGUCGCCGGGGGUAGGAACGUUCCAGUCGCAGUACAGGCGGUGGCAAAGGCCUCCAUUGACCAGAGCAGAGAGAUGAAAUACCAGUCUCUCAAUGAAUACCGCAAACGUUUCUCCUUGAAGCCUUACACAUCAUUUGAAGAACUUACAGGAGAGAAGGAAAUGGCCACCGAGCUGAAAGCCCUCUACGGUGACAUCGAUGCCAUGGAGCUGUACCCUGCCCUGCUGGUGGAAAAGCCUCGUCCAGACGCCAUCUUCGGGGAGACCAUGGUAGAACUUGGAGCACCAUUCUCCUUGAAAGGACUUAUGGGUAAUCCCAUCUGCUCUCCUCAGUACUGGAAGCCAAGCACGUUUGGAGGAGAAGCAGGUUUUAAGAUCAUCAACACUGCCUCAAUUCAGUCUCUCAUCUGCAAUAAUGUGAAGGGCUGUCCCUUCACUUCAUUCAGCGUGCAGGCUCCACAGCCUACCAAAACAGCCACCAUCAACGCGAGUGCCUCCCACUCCAGACUAGAUGACAUCAACCCUACAGUGCUGAUCAAAAGACGUUCAACUGAGCUGUAGAAGUCUAUUAUGGAUCGUAUUUAUUUAUUUAUGUGAACAAUUUAAUUUAAUUAUUUAAUAUUUAUACUGAAUGCCUUUCUCACUUAACAUCUUCUAUAACAGAAGGCAAUGUUCCGGAACAAUGUUACAUUUGUGAAGAUUCAUGUGUUUGUCCUUUAAAUAUAUGAUGCCCUCAAGUGAAAGGGGGGGGGAAUGGCUUUCAUUCUUCUGCAUAAGCCAGUGGGAAAAAAAUGAAUUUUGAUUACUUGAAUUUCAGCUCAUGGCAUAUUUUAAUAAGAACAAAGAAAAGAUGUUUGAAUACUUAAAUGCUGUUACAAGAUGAAAAAUGCUGCAAGUAUCUAAACUGUUGAUUAUUACUGUCUUCCUUACUACAUUAGGAGCAGCUUAAUGUGGAAUUUUAAAGUAAUUUUGCAUGUCUUUAUCUCAUCAAACAAGAUGGUUCAGUUUUAAAUGAACAUUUAAGGCACAUACUGCCAAUGAUUUUGUUUUCUAAAACAAUCUUGAAACAAUUAAUUUGAAUUUUCUAAAUUCAGAGUUUGAAUCACUUUUGAAAGUUCUUACUUUCUUAAGCUGGCAGUCUUGUGCCCAGACCAAUAUAACUAGUAGAAAUCAUAUUGUGAUUGAUGAUUAAAACACUAGGCCAGAGAUUUUCUUUUCUCAGUAAUAGUGAAAUGCUCAUUACCAUGACAAUUAGACCUUCCUUGUAAGUCAGAAUGCCCAUGUAGGAAGGUGGUGGAACCCUCGUGUUCUAUCUUAAAGUAUAAGUAUGGUCUUUAAGGAGUUUGUUUGUGAGUAGUAGCCAGCAAAAUCUAUUGCAACAAAAGAUUCUACAAGUAGAAUAACCAAGAACAAAGAAGGGUUUCAAGUGGAAGAUCACAUUUGGGGUUAAACUUCUGAAGGACACUUUCUGAUCCUUGUGUGAUGCUGGCCUGGUACUCAGCAGGUUUUUUUUCUAUGAGGUUAAUGACUUUCCAAGAUGGACUUAAAACGGUGCAAUGUGUGGGUCCAGCAUGCUGCAUCUCUCAUUUGCUUUUCCUGUAGUCAUUUACUAUGAGAAACUGCAGUUUUUUGUUUUGUGUUUUUUUUUUCUGAUUUUUUUAAAACUGUUUUCCAGGUUUUUAAUGCCAAAUAUUCUCUCUUUAAACCUCUGUUAAUAUUUUCUCUACUUGAAGUUUUACAUUCAGGAAAACCUCAGCUCAGGACUAUUAUGUAGCUCCCCUUUGGGGGAAUAAAUUUAUUGUAGGCAAAAGGCAGAAAUUUCUACCUAUAAUUAAUUAUACAGAAAGCCCCUACCAAGAUGCUAGAAAUAUAGGGGGGUGUUGACAAGAGAGUUAAGUUCUUGUUCUGAAGAACAAGAACUUAUUAAAACUUAUUUGUUUCUUAUUAAAAACAAAGUCAGUUAAUGGGUAGCUCUGGGUAAUAGGAAUAAAUAUAAAACAAUAAUGAUGAUCGUUUUCUGCAUCUUAUUAUCAGCUGAGGUACUGUAUAUUACUUAAUUUAUUGAGUAUAAUUGUGUCUUUUAUGACUUUUAUUGUUGUUGUAAACUAUGUUUAAGCCUGUAAGUGUUGUUUUUGCAGUUAUGUCAGAAUCAAUGUGCCUUUUAUGAUUACCUCUUUGAAUUACUGUGUAAAUAAUCAAACAAAAUGAUGAGAUGCCUUUAAAAAAUUUUGUAUGGUAUAUUGAGAAGUUUAGACUUAGAAUUGAGACCUUUGGAAUUUACCCAUAAAGCAGACUACAGAGAACAUUGUCUCACCUAAACAUGUUAUAAAGACUGUCACUUAGAUAUUUUGAAGUCCCUGUAGGUGCUUUAUUAAUUAGCUAAAACUUAAUUUACUAAGAAAAUGUAUUCAAAGCGCUAUAGGCAUUAGAACUUAUAAAUCAAGAAUGGAUUACAGAUAAUAUUAUACUUAUGAUAUUUAUGUAAAUAACUGACAGUGUCUUAUGAUGAGAAAGCAGAAAUUUAUUUCAUUACAAAGAAAUUAUAAAACAUUUCAAAGAUUAUGUGCUUUAAAAGUUUAAGAUGGAAAAAUAAUCAACUUCAGAAAAAAUUGUAUGAAAUUUUUAAUGUCAUUGUUUUUUUUUUUUCUUUAAACAAGCCAGCUUGAAUAUCAACCUGUUGACAGAACCUAGAAAUACAGGUUAGGUGUGUGACUGUUACGGCGCCUUAAAGAAAUGUGUAUUUAAGUUAAUUUAUACAAAGAAGAAGUCUUAAAACAAAUGCUUGUUUAUUUUUAUACUAU